AUGAAAAUUCCUAUGAAAAAGAAAGAUAGAUGUUUUGUUACUAUUUCGUGCACUAUUGGUGAUCGAAAAAUCAAGAAAGCUUUGAUUGACUUGGGAGCUAGUGUGAGUUUGAUGUCGCUGUCCAUUUAUAAAUUUUUUGCCCUUGGCACCGUUCAAGACACCAGGAUGACCCUUCAGUAUGUUGAUCGCUCAGUUAGGCGACCAUAUAGAAUUGUGGAACAUGUUAUGGUAAAGAUAGAUAAAUUUUUGUUUCUAGUUGACUUUGUCAUUCUUGAGGUGCCUGAAGAUGAGGAGAUCCCUCUCAUAUUGGGCAGACCAUUUUUAGAGACAUGGCGGUGUAUGAUAGACAUAGAGGAAGGAACAAUGACCCUCAAAGUCUAUGAUGAAGAAUUAAAAAUUAAUGUUCGAAAUACUAUGCAAUACAAAGAUGAUGUUGGCACAAGUCACACUAUAGAGGUAAUAGAUCAAGUGAUUGCUCAAGAAAUUAAAAGGAAAACACCUCAGUUACCUUUAGAAUGUGUUUUGAGCUUAUCAAUUUUCGAAAGUGAUAAAGACAAGAGAGAGUCAGAAGUGUUAGCCAUGAUGGAGGAACAAUCGCAGUGUAUUAGAUCUAAAAUACACCGGUGGGAAGAUUUAAGACCACCCGGACCAUUAGAAAAUACUCAAGAGCCUAAAAAGGGGGCAGAUUUGGAACAAUUACCUGAGAAUCUGAAGUAUGUGUUUCUUGAUGCUGAAAAGAAGUGUUCGUCCAUUAUCAAUUCUAGUUUAAAAAGUUUUCAAGAAGAAGAACUCAUCCAAGUACUCAAGAAAUACAAGAGUGUUAUUGGAUGGACGAUUGAGGAUUUGAAAGGUGUUAGCCCGAUAGUUUGCAUGCACAAGAUCUUGAUGGAAGAUGAUCAUAAGUCGGUAGUUCAACCAUAA